AUGGUCAACGUUGCAAUCGCCGGAGGAACAGGUGGUGUGGGCAAGACCAUUGUAGAAGUGAUGCAGGCAUCUCCCCACCAGGCCUUCAUUCUUUCCCGACAACUAACAAGCCCCAAGCAGUCAUCCACCUCGCCAGACAAUACAAUAGCAGUCGACUACAACAGCAUCGAGGAGGUCGCAUCCCGUCUCGAGAAACACAAUAUCCACACGGUGAUAUCCGCCUUCGCCGUCGAGGGCGAUUCGCUCGCCGUGUCCCAACGAAACCUCAUCCAAGCGGCGGACAGAUCGAAGACAACCAAGCGGUUCAUCCCAAGCGGCUAUGCCAUUCCCUAUCCUGCUGCCGCAGUGGAGGUCCUGCCUCCACUCAAAGACCACUUCCUGGCUCUUGACGAACUCCGAGAGUCCGGUCUUGAAUGGACCCUUUUCAACAAUGGGAUCUUCCUCGACUAUUUCGGACCGUCGACCAUGAAGUCGAACCUCAAACCCAAUGUCUUCGUCAUUGAUGUGGCCAACAAAGUCGCUGCCAUUCCUGGAGAUGGCAACUCCCCCGUCACGUUUACCUACACGUAUGACCUGGCGCGGUUUAUAGUUGCGGCUUUGGAUCUGGAAAAGUGGGAGGAGGAAAGCCGUGUGGUAGGAGAUGAGCUGACCUGGAACCAAUUUGUAGCUCUAGCAGAAGCUUGUCGAGGGUCAAAAUUCGAUGUCUACUACGAUGACGUUGAGAAGCUGAAGAGAUUUGAGAUAACCGAGUUGCCUGGUCAUCAGGCCCUGUACGAGCAUUUCCCCAAAAAGCCUUUCCAAUGGUUCAUGUCAAUCUUCGAGCUUUUUACAACUGAUGGGAGUAGCCAUGUUCAACGGGCUGGAAGUUUGAAUCAUCAAUUCCCACAUAUCAAGGUGCUCUCUGUGAAAGAGAUGUUCGAUUUGUAUUGGGGACAGACAGAGACCGAUAAGGGAUACUGAUGACUAGCAUAUCUUUCUACUUACAAAGUAUCAUGUCGGUUGAGUGUACAGGAUGCUAUAAACAGUUGUCGCUUUAGGUAUGGUAAACAGGCUAAUUCAAGGUAUUUGAAAACGAGGAUCAGCGACUGGUACCUAAAUUAGCCUCACGGUGUAGUUUCCGGCAAAUGUUUGAGUCUGCCUCAGUGUUGGAGGCUCGAUCCGUUCUCAUGUAGCAUUGAGGUUCAUUGAGCUUGUA